AUGGGCAAUAGAUUACUCAAUGUUGGUAUGGGUGUACUUGCUGAACGUGAUAACGAUACAAGGGGAAUGGGAACUGUCAUAACUUCAGACCUGACAGCACCAGCACCAGGAACACUUACCUCCGGCUUGUCUGCAUCAUAG